AUGGCGGACGAUGUUGCUGGCUUCAUCGACCAGCAUGGCUUGGAGCAGCCAACCGUCAUUGGGCAUUCGAUGGGAGCCAAAACAGCCAUGACCCUCGCGUUGAAAUCGCCCGAUCUUGUGCAGAACAUCGUAGCGGUUGACAACGCGCCGGUGGACGCCAUCCUGGAGAGCUCGUUUAGCAAAUACAUCCAAGGUCUGAAAAGAAUCGAAGCUGCCGGCAUCACCAGGCAGGCUCAGGCGGACCAGAUUCUCAAGGAAUAUGAGAGCUCGCUUCCUAUUCGCCAGUUUCUCCUCGGAAACCUGCAUCGUCCACAGCCCGACAAACCGGAACAAAAAUUUCGCGUGCCCCUGGAUAUCAUCAGUCGGUCUUUGAACCACAUGGGCGACUUCCCGUACAAGGAUCCGACGAAAGUACGGUUUGAAAAGCCUGCCCUAUUCGUCCGAGGAACCAAGAGCAAAUAUGUUCCCGAUGACGUUCUGCCCAUCAUUGGGCAAUUCUUUCCCAAGUUCCGAAUGGCGGAUCUUGACGCGGGCCAUUGGUGUAUCUCAGAGAAACCGGAGGAGUUUCGCCAGGCCGUGGUUGAGUUUUUGAAGGAGCAGGAGUAG